CUCUUAAUGCACAAGUGAGCUGGCUUCUCAUUAACAGAUUAUUGCACAAACGAAGAAGCAUUUCUGUGCGGGAGGCCGAAGUGUGUGUCUCUGUGUGUGUGUGUGUGUGUGUGUGUUUGGAUGUGAAGGGUUAAUUUGAGGAAUUCAAUCUCUGUGUGAGGUCUUAAGAUGGGAAAAAAAAGGCAAAACGGCAAAGAAACUUGGCAGCCAAUCAGCCAAUGGCCUGCUCUGGUGAUUCAGCAUUAGAUUGGUCCAGUUGCAUGGUCAUGGUCUUGCAGGCAGACCGGGUAGCCUAUACUUGAUCGGCACACACUCUGUCAGGUCCAGUUGGUCAGCCCAGGCCUCCUCUGUGAAUUUCCCAAACUGUCCAGCAUGGUGUUUUGGACACAGGGAGAUUCGGUGCAAAACAUAUGAUCAUAUGUUCUAAAAAAAUCCCCAUACCUGAUGAAAAAUACUGCACUGUAUGCACAAAGGCUUGCGGGAGCAGGACCAGGGGCUCAUGAAAUCACCUUCACAGAGUCUGUCUGUAAGGAUCAUCUCCUGUCUCAGACAUCUCCACCUUCACAGAGUCUGUCUGUAAGGAAACUAUCAUCUCCUGUCUCAGACCUCUUCAGCUGGACCGGCUGAGGAUGCUGUGUGGCAGAAUGAGGAGACUCCAGUCUCCCUGUCGAGAGGUCUCCCCUGUGCCCUCCUGCUACUCAGAGCCAGUCUCCCUGCCACCACACAAGGAUGUGCUGCGGGGCCUGGCCAGUGUCGGAGAGGUGGACCGGGAGGACGCAGAGGAGGUGCUGAGCUUAAGGAGCCUUCCAUGUGUGAGGAAGACCCUAAAUAAGGACCUCCAAAAGGUCAAGAGGUCAAGAGGGUUCCCGACCCGACAGCUUGUGAAGGACGUCUCAGACGUCAGACUUCCAGCCAUCAGCCAUCAGCAGCCGGAGUCCAGGUCCAUGCUCAUCGUAAGAGGUUUGCGCUGUGGAAGGAAAGUAGACAAAUGUCCCCCACUAAUGAGCUCCAGCCGGGUCCAAGACUCCAGCCGGAAGGCCAGCCUGCCCGAGAGACCACCUGGGCGGGCAGGCAGAAGACCAGACAGACAGAUAGUCAGCUCCUCUUCCUCUGAGCUCAGCCCACCGCAUCACCAUCCAUCCCCCAGAGGAGCAGAUCCCACUCCACAGAUGUCCAAUGAGAUGGCAGAUAGCCUGGAGUUAUCCUCCAGGCAUCCUUCCCAUAAUCCUCUGGGAUCUUCCGUAUCACCUCACAGGCAGUUCCUGGUCACGACCAGCCAUGCAUCACAUGGCGUGACUAACACGGGCAAGACCGCAACACAUGCUGUGCUGCCUCGGCCAGGGUGGAGGCGGGGGGUGGCGUUUAAGAGGGGCGCCCUGGAGUGUGUGUGGGAGGAGGAGGGUUGCGGGCCGCCCCCACCCUUGUCCGGGCCGUACCCCCACCUCCUGGAGCCACUGUCAGGCUUCCGCGAGCAGCUACACAGGCAGCUCUUGCACUCCCCACUGCCCUACAGAGACGAGGCGACAUCGGGGGGAGCCCACGGCAGGGUGACCCCCACCUCUGCCCACCACCACCACCACCACCACCACCACAUAAUCUGCCCACUGGAUGGAGCAGCAGCCGUGCCCCAGGGGUCAGUCACCAUCUUGCUGCAGGAUGCGGUGGACGUGCCUGGCUGGCAUGGGCGAACGCUGCCCAAAAUCACCAUGACCCGUCCGACGCCCUCGCCAAAGCACGCCACGCUGCGCUGCGCAGUGAAAGCCGACAGUUAGCCUGAAUCCACGUCUGUUCUGACGCCCAUCCACCGAUCAUCUGGAAUUGAACAGUCAUCUGGUAGCAGGGAUACUACAGGAUAGGAAUGGGUGGGGAUCUGCCAUGCGUCUGUCUUAUAGUGCCCCCCAGUGGAUGAAUCCUGGGUGAGCUGUUUGUCUGUUGCGUUCUGCUGUUUGGGACAGACUGUAGAACUCACUCUUCUCACCUCACAUUUGCUGUCAUCCAGCUGAUGUAUUUUUAAUUCUCCAAAGCCACUUGUUUUUUCUUCAAAUGCAGAUUUUUGUUAGAUUUUAUCUUUUAUCUUUUUAUCCAUGGGUGCCAAUCAUCACUCACACGUUUAGCUCCAGCAGUAGACUACUUUGGAAUAUAGAGUUUUAACCCUCUGAAUAGAUUUUUAAAAAGUGUGUGUGUGGGUGCUUGCAUGCUUCCUCUAGAAUAUAGAGUUUUUACCCUCUGGAGUCCUUUUGUGGUAAUCUGACAUGCCGUGACAUCUUUCCACAAACAUUUAUCCAAAAGUGUCUAAGUACUGUAACAGACGUCUCCUCUGGAGCACAAACUCUUUACCAUGAGUAGCACAGCCCUCCUUCCAAUGCCUGUAGGCAAGGCAGGGUUAUAUAGAAGCCCUCACACACAUUCAAAGACUUGUACAGGUGAAAGGACAGGAGAAGAAUAGAUUUAAAAAGUGUGUGCGUGUGUGCGUGCGUGCGUGCGUGCGUGCAAUUCAAAGACUUGUAUAGGAGACCAGGUAAAGUGACAAAAGACGCCUAGAUUUAAAAAGUCAAGUUCAUAACAGACUAGCUUCCAUCCCCUCCACCUGACUGCCUAUAGACUCAAUUAAAAGCCCAGACUUACUCUCCUGUAAGCCUGCAGUUUAGGCCUCUACAUACUGACUGCCUAUAGACUCAAUUAAAAGCCCAGACUUACUCUCCUGUAAGGCUGCAGUUUAGGCCUCUACAUACUGACUGCCUAUAGACUCAAUUAAAAGCCCAGACUUACUCUCCUGUAAGCCUGCAGUUUAGGCCUCUACAUACUGACUGCCUAUAGACUGACGUCGAUCUCUGCGCACAGUCUCUCAAAGUGCAUUCACACAGCUGUGCCGACCAUCUGUCUGAAAGGUUUUUUUCUCAUACCCCGGGCUCAUGGCUGUUUCUGUUGGACGCGCCAGGCGCAUGCUAGAUAUGCUAAUGAUGGCCGAGCAGCUUAUUUAUACCCACCGACAGCUGUGGGUUUACCACCCCAUGAUUGAAGCGUGGCGUGUUUAAUUGGCCUGCAAUAACAGUGAUUUCAGAAACGGUCAUGGCUUUUGUGGUAUAGGGAUGUUUAUGGUAUAGGGAUGUUUAUGGUGUGCUGGAGAACACUACCUGCACUGGAUAGAUUUGGACAGGAAUUGCUCCUUGUUGUUUUACACAUGGGUUGUAUUUUAAUGAGAAGUCUUUUGGUUGAAUGAAAAGCCACUAAAUUAU